GGGCCGUUUGCGACACACGCUGCGAUUUACGGCAGUAGGGCAUCGUCAUGGCAGGAGGUCGGAUCUUCAUCCAGAGCGACUGGGCACGGGCCUUGUGGGAGAAUGAGAGGGAAGCUUGGGUUUCCUGUAAAAUUCCCGGAACAGCUACAUUAUACGGCUGUAUAAAGUGCCAAGGGGUUGGCAAGGAUAGCAUUCCAGUAGUCACAGCUUCGGAAGGAUUUGAAGUAACUGAAGUUACAAAGAAGAGUAUUUUAAUUUCCUGUCCAGAUGGGAAUACAGCCUCAAAAUUUCUCAUGCCUUAUGCAGUCUUUUCUAGAAUACACACCAAAAGUAUAACCAGCAUGGAUAUAUCCAGUGGUGGGGGUCUGGGGGUAUCUUGCAGUACAGAUGGAACCAUGAGAGUCUGGCAGGCCAACAAUGGUGAAAUGAGGAGAGAACUGGUUGGCCACGUAUAUGAUGUGAACACUUGUAGAUUUUUUCCAUCUGGUGUUGUCGUUCUAAGUGGAGGAAUGGAUGCUCAGUUAAAGAUCUGGUCUGUUGAAGAUGGAACUUGUUCUGUAACUUUAACUGGGCACAAAGGAGGUAUUCUUGAUACAGCAAUUGUAGAACGUGGAAGAAAUGUUAUCUCAGCCUCUAGGGAUGGAACAGCAAGACUAUGGGACUGUGGCAUGUCCACCUGUCUUGCAGUUCUAACAGACUGUGGGACUCCAAUUAAUGGAUGUUCAGUUGGGAUUGCUGAAAACACAUUGAAUUUGGGUUCUCCUAUGCAUCAAAUAAGUGAACGUGAAAUAGGAACUGAUGGAAAAUUGUUACUUCUAGCUCGUGAAGAUAGAAAACUGCAAAGCAUUGGACUGCUCAGCAGAGAACCAAUAUUUAUGUUUGAGGGAUCCGAUGCCUUCAACUGUUGUACUUUCUUUUCAAGUACCUACGUCCUUGCAGGCACACACGAUGGUAACAUUUAUCAAUUGGAUGUCCGAAACACAAAAACACCCAUACAGGUUAUCCAUCGAUCAGGUGCUCCAGUCCUUUCCUUGUUGCCCUGUAGAGAAGGCUUUAUGGCUAGCCACAGUGAUGGAAGUUGUUAUAUUAUUCAGCAGGAUCAAGAUUAUGUCAUUGAAUUUACAGGGCCUGACUGUGACCCCAUAUACAAGGUUGUUGUGAGGGAAAGGUUUGCCUACACAUGCUCCAGGGACAGUGUUGUUCGGAAGUACCAACUACAGAAUUUCUGAACCCUUUAAAGCAUUGUUUUUGGGAGAGAGUAUUGGAUAACUGCAGUCUCACUUUGCCUUUCGUCUACUGUUUUUAUGAAACAAAACUUUUUUUUAGUUAAAAGCAAUUCAGAGCUUAGCUCUGUAGGUUAUAAUACAGUCUCUGUGAUUUGCUCUAUAUUGCCUGCAUCAGCAAAUAGAAGACAAAAUACACAGAAAAAAAAAUAAAUGAAGCAGCUGCUUUGUGGUAA